CAAACCUUAUAAACUAUAUCUCCCUCUGCACAUCCAAACAGAAUCCAAGAUUACAAUAGCUUUAUCCAAUGACUGAUCGACACGCGUCAAAAGGUACCAUCACUGUCAGCUUUCCCUCUCGCUCCACCUACAUACUUCUUCUGAGUGAGUUUUAGACUUUAGAGAGAGAGAGAGAGAUAAAGAGAUACAAACAUUAUUAUUACAAAUCGGAGAAAAGUUUUUAAAGAGUUCAGGAGAGAGAGAAGAGAAGAAGAGAGAUCGGAGAGAUGUGUAGUAAAAGCAGUCCGGUCGGAGAAGAGAAACAGAGUACGAGGACAUCAAAGAGGAUCAAGAAGAGGAAAAACAGAGAAGCUACAACCAUGGACAAGUCGUCUCCUUCGAAUCUUGAAGCGUCUCGUAAGAUCAGAACGAAAACGAAAAAACCCAAAUUUCUCAGUCUCAAGCUCGAACUCAACAGUACUUCUUCCCACGAGAUCGACGAGGAUCACAGAACCAAGAAGAGCGACAAUAAGAAAAAGAAGAAACAGAACAAAAAACAGAGCGACAAGAAAAAAGACCCUUUCACGACGCCGUUUAAGGAGAAGAAGAGAGGUGAGACUACUACUCUCGGAGGAGGAGGAGGAGAGAAAGAAGAGGACCAGUACGACACCGUCGCGGCUUACCUUUUCAAUUCCUCCACCGAUAGUACAAUCUCUUCGAUCCACGAUCUACUCCCUUCCUCAGCCGCCGCCGAUGUAGAUUGCGGGGGAGAAAGGAAUAACCUGUCUCCCUACGAUCGUCAGGAGCACGGAUCGUCGUCUUCUUCGCUUCUACGUACGGCUAUGAGGAAAGGAAAGAGUGAGGAGGAGGAGGAGACGACGGAGGAGCGGUGGGUUAGUUAUUCAGAGGUGGUUGAGGAAGUGAUGAGUCGGAGCGGAACCCCACGGUGUUGCGGCGGAGGCGAUGGGAACGAUGGACGGCCUUCGUUGGCUCUGAAGCUUGAUUAUGAGCAGAUCAUGGAAGCUUGGUCGGAUAAAGGUACGCUUUAUGUUGACGGAGAACCGCCGCAGACUGUGCCGGACUUGCAUGCUUCCGCUGAUGGGUAUACUGACGGCGGAGAGGCGGGGAGUUUAUGGGCAGUGCCAGAGAUGGAAACGACGACGGAGAGGUUAUGGAGAGGGCAUAGAGAGGCUAGCUUGCUCCGUUAUAAAGAGAAACGACAAAACCGUCUUUUCUCUAAGCGGAUUCGAUAUCAAGUUCGUAAACUCAACGCUGAGAAACGUCCUCGUAUUAAAGGCCGGUUUGUGAAGAGAGACGAUUUGUAGCCCACUAAAACACUGGUGGCUGUGGACAUAUUAGUCUACUGAAAUAACCAAGUUACGGAUGUUUGGUAUUGUAAUAUUCUUGUUUUGCAACUUUUUGAGGAGAGAUUAGGGCUCAACCGGAGUAUACCGAGAUUUGAAGAUACUGUUGGUCUGUAUAGUGGUCUUGACCAGCUCGGUUAUGCAAAAAUUUCGGUUUUGUUUGACCGCUUUAGGUCUCUUAUUAGAAAGUUAACUAAUUUCAUCAGAACAAUAAUGACAAUAAAAAAAUGGAUAUUAAUAAAUAAUAAUGAUAAGUUACAUUGAGUGCA